ACUCGGAGCCACUUGUAUCGGGAAGGUAUUACCUGUUACACUGGAAAAAUUGGACAUUAGCAACGUUUAUCAGUCCAGUUUACACAGUUAACGUAUUGGGCGAAUCGAUUGGGCAGUUGUUGUUUGCACAGCGAGGUUUCUUGAGGAAUACAGUACAGCCAAGCUGCAUACGAGGGCUCCUGAUGAAGAUGUGCAGGUAAUACUCUGAGAGCCUUGUAAGACACCAUGUCUGAAAAGGCCGUUUCAGAAAGUGACCUGGAGCCCAGCCUUAACAGUGAAGAGGAGUAUUCGGAAAAUGAGGAGGAGGAGGAGAACGACGGCGACAUGGAGGAAGAUGAAGAUGAAGACGAAAAUGACGGUGACGAUGAAGAUGACAGUGUUGAACGACCUGGGAGUGCAGAGAGCAGGACAGAAACUGCUCAGGAUGGCGGGGACUCCACUUCAACAACCUCAGGAGAGGCGUCCCCAGAGCCUCCAUCUCAGCCGACGUCCCGCCCAUCAUCGAGGGCUCCCUCCAGACCGGCCUCUCGUUCUCAGCCUCCGACCAGCCCAGAAAACUCAAGCCAGAGCAAGACUCCUUCCAUCAAAACAAAGAAGCAUAAAAGCUCUAAAUCCACCAAAUCGAAGUCUUCAAAAGGGUCCAACUCUUCCAAGACGUCUAAACCUACACACAUGAGGAAGAACAUUAGAAAGCUGCUGAAAGAGGAUCAGCUGGAGACCGGGACCAAGACUGCCCAACAGGAGGAGAUGGAAAGGAGAAAGCGUCUCGAGCAGCAGAGGAAGGACUUCCCUACAGCAGCCUCAACUCUCGCUGACUCUCAGCUAGCCGACACUGCUUCCCUUUUGGGAGAAGUGUCUCACUUGAUCCCUGGUCUCCUGGGAAAGCAGGAUGUGAUCUGUCUGGACAGCAGCGGUGAUGAAGAGGAAACGGUGGACCCCACGCUGCCUGCACUUGCUGUUAGAGAUGAUAUAAUUGAGCUUAGUUCUGGGGACGAGGACGCCCUGCAGAUAAGCAGCGAGUCGGCCGAUGAGGAUGCUGAUGGCACCGCCGCCUCAGAGGAGAGCAGCGGCGCACAUAUCAAUGAUGCUAUGAACCUGCCCGAUGCCCAGGGUCAAGUGCUAGUUAAUAUUAGUCACCCUGCAGAGGAGAAAGACAUUUACCUUGCUCCACAGCUGGCCAAGGCAGUCAAGCCUCACCAGGUCGGUGGAAUUCGUUUUCUGUACGAUAACCUCAUUGAGUCCCUGGAGCGGUAUAAGACCAGCAGUGGCUUUGGCUGCAUCCUUGCUCACAGCAUGGGGCUGGGGAAGACCCUGCAGGUCAUUUCCUUCACUGACAUCCUGCUGAGGAAUACUGAGGCUCACACUGUGCUGGUUGUUGUUCCUGUGAACACACUCCAGAAUUGGCUGACUGAGUUUAACCUCUGGCUCCCACCACAAGAAGCCCUUUCCCCUGACACUGACCCUGCACUCGUCACAGGCCGCAAUUUCAAAGUUCACAUUCUCAACGAUGAGCACAAAUCGACGCUAGCCAGGGCCAAAGUUGUGGAGGAGUGGUCCAGAGAUGGAGGCGUGCUGCUGAUGGGCUACGAGAUGUACCGUUUGCUGUCCAUGAAAAAGAGCUUUGUGAUGGGCAAGAAGAGGAAAUCAAAGAAGCAAGCAGGACCAAUCAUCAUUGAUCUGGAUGAAGAAGAUCGACAGCAGGAACUAAUGAAAGUUAUUGAGAGGGCCAUAGCGCGGCCCGGCCCAGAUGUGGUGAUAUGUGACGAAGGUCAUCGCAUUAAAAACUACCACGCCAGCACAUCGCAGGCUCUGAAGAACAUCCGCUCCCGGCGCAGAGUAGUCCUGACCGGUUACCCAUUACAGAACAACCUCAUUGAAUACUGGUGCAUGGUGGACUUUGUUAGGCCCGACUUUUUAGGCACACGUCAGGAAUUCAGCAACAUGUUUGAGCGGCCCAUUCUGAACGGGCAGUGCGUGGACAGCACUGCUCACGAUGUCCGCUUGAUGCGCUACCGCAGCCACGUGCUGCACAGCCUGCUGGAAGGUUUCGUCCAGAGACGAGGUCAUGAUGUGCUGAGAGACCAGCUUCCCUCCAAGGAGGAGCAUGUGAUCUUGGUGCGGCUCUCUCCCAUUCAGAGGGCCUUGUACACAGAGUUUAUGAAACGCUUUCGAGAAGCAGGGAACACUGGCUGGCUCGGUCUAAACCCACUCAAAGCCUUCUGCGUAUGCUGCAAGAUCUGGAAUCAUCCAGACGUCCUGUAUGAAGCCCUGCAGAAGGAGAAUCAUGCCAACGAGCAGGACCUGGACCUCGAUGACAUCACUUCGGCUGGUAACCCCCGCUGUGCUGGGCCAGGCCCAAAAGCCAAAGUGGCCGACACCAAAGCCAACAACCCUCUGCCGCUAGUCAACACCUCUCAGGACAGAGCCAAUCAAGUCAUCACGUAUGAAUGGGCAAAGGGCAUCAUGUCAAACUAUCAAACCGGACUUCUGGAGAACUCAGCCAAGAUGAUUCUGCUCUUCCACUUGAUUGAUGAGAGUGUGAGAAGAAGGGACAAGAUUUUGGUCUUUAGUCAAAGUUUGUCCAGCCUGUCGGUGAUUGAGAACUUUUUAUCAAAGAGACCCAUACCGACUGACUCCUCUGACACCGAGAGCCCAAACUGGAUUCGCAAUAUCAAUUACUACAGACUGGACGGGAGUACCUCUGCCUCAGAAAGAGAACGACUUAUAAAUCAGUUUAAUGACCCAGAAAACAUCAAAACUUGGGUCUUCCUUCUUUCCACAAGAGCGGGCUGCUUGGGAGUAAAUCUGAUCGGGGCCAACCGCGUCGUCGUGUUUGAUGCCUCCUGGAACCCGUGUCAUGAUGCUCAGGCGGUCUGUCGGGUGUACCGCUAUGGUCAGAGGAAACCCUGCUACAUUUACCGCCUCGUCUGUGAUUUCACCCUGGAGAAAAAGAUUUAUGACAGACAGGUCUCCAAACAGGGCAUGUCUGACCGAGUGGUCGAUGACUUGAACCCAGUGCUGAACUUCACUCGUAAGGAAGUGGACUCGCUGCUGCACUUUGUAGAAGAGGAGCCCGAAAGAAUUUCUCUGGAAUCCAAGCAGGAAUUUGAAACCGUGUUGUACGACGCUUGUCAGCUUUACCCACACCUCAUCACCAAGCAACCUUUUCAUCACGAGUCUCUAUUGGUGGAUCGAAAGGAGUCCAAACUGACCAAAGCAGAGAAGAGAGCCGCCAAGAAGAGCUAUGAGGAUGAGAAACGAGCGUCUGUCCCUUACUCGCGCCCAUCGUACGCCCCUUAUUACCCAACCAGUGAUCAGACGCUCACCAACAUACCAGCAUUCAACCAACGUGGCUGGCGUCCGACGGUGCGGCCAGAUCACAAGCCGGUGGCGAGCGUCAGGCCCAUCCAGUCGACCCCCAUCCCCAUGAUGCCUCGCCAGGCCGGCAUGGCUGCACUGAGUCCUGUCGGCAGCCUGCCUCUCAACUUUCUGCAGAAAGCUGGAGUUUAUGUGCAGAGAAUUGUCACCACCACUGAUAUUGUAAUCCCGGGAACCAACAGCACAACAGAUGUUCAAGCUCGAAUUAGUGCAGGAGAGAGCAUCCAUGUUAUAAGAGGAUCGAAAGGUACCUACAUUAGGACAAACGAUGGAAGGAUUUUUGCUAUUCGAUCUGGAAAGAUCAGUAGGCCAGCAGUCGGGGGUUCUGCUUCUUCAAGGGACACCCAGGGAUCCCUGAUCCACCCACUCAGUAACGGCUGCUCGUCGCCUGUGGAUCAACAGCAGGAUUCCCCCAACGGGGAGCAGCAGCCCUCCUCUCCCUUAAGCUCCGAGAUCCUCCGAGAGCUCACCCGCUACGCCUCCUCCACAGGGGAUGCCGCCAACACCGCCGGCGGCACGGGGGACGACCCGCCGUCCCCCGUGCCGGACAUGUCGGCCGGCACCGUAGGCAGUUCGCAGAACAAUCGGACCGGCAACCACAGCCGGCAGCUCAGUGAAGACCUCCUGGGCUCGGCCUUAGAGAUGCGCGGCAGCAAGCGCAGGAGUACUGAAAGCCAGGGCAGCACACAGCUGGGGGGCAAACGCUCUUCUGCCGCCGCGCGUUUCCCCGGACUGUCCGCGGGCUCCGGUGGCCUCAGUUUCCCCCCCGUCGGUCUGAACUCCUCGUCCUCCCUCCUGGGGAACCUUGGUCACAUGGGUCAUCCGCUUCUGAUGGGCGGCGGCGGCUCGUCGUUCCUUCAGGCGCCCGGACAGACCCUGGCUGACCUACAGACCAUGUUCCCCUCCGCAGGCUCGGAGCUGCUGAGGCCGCCCGCCACAGGAAACGGACACCCGCCCGCGCCCUCUUCGUCGUCGCUGUCGAGCGUUUUCUCCUCGGCUCCCCCCGCCGUCUCCAUGUCGGGUUCGACCUCUGCGGCCACUUCUUCCUCCCUGGUGUCGGGGUCACUGCCGCCGUACUUGAUGAAUCCCAACAUGGCCGGCCUGCUUCCGUCUGGCUUCCCGCUGAACUACGGCCAGUCGCUGCUCUCCGAGCCCAGGAUGUUCCCCGCCCCGCUCCUCUCUGGGUCGGGGGGAUUCCCCACAUCCAACUCCAGCUCUACUGCGUCCGGUUUCCUCUCCCAUUUCAACAACCCAGCUUCCAGCCUGUUGGGGGCGGCUCUGACUCAGCCAGACAUGCAUCAGAGCACGGAGAACAACGGCAGCAGUUCUGAUGACGACGUUAUAGAGGUGAUGGGACAGUAGAGAGGCGCUUUCACACAAUCAUGGCAAACAUGAAUUAGGGAUGGGAAGGGUUACACGUUUAUUAAAUGAACUAAAGGGAUCAUGUUACAGCACCUACCGUAAUUUAUGACCCGUGGAUUAGUGUUUAGAUGUAUUGUGAAAUUCUGGAGUCCACGUAGAGACGGGAAGAAAGAAAGUGAGAAUAUACAACCUUCUUCUAAAUAAAAAUAAAAAUAACAAUUCAAUAAUAAAAACUUUUCAGGAACUAAACAAUCACCUUUAAUUCACCUUCACUGAAUGAAUGGUCUUCAACAAGACCGUGUUCCAGCCUCGCUGUUCCCAUUCAUUAAGUGUCUCAUUAACCUACACACACACACACACCUACCUGCUGCUGAGAGAAUCAACUUGUACCUGAAUCCUCAUGCUGAACGUGGCCGAGUUGUUCGGCCGGAGCGUCCGAGCAGCGGCAUCAGACGGGUGUCGUUUGGGGACCAGCUGAUUCUUUCGGGAGCUUUCUAAGCACAGAAUCCACUGCGAUACCUUCAAGCCUCCCAGCGCUGUUAGUCGUAUCCCCCCCGAAUUCAAAUGGAAGUGAGAAGUGCUUCUUGUUGGAUCGAUGACUUAUUGCUACGAAACGGUCCAGUGCAAACGAAAAGCAGACAUUCCGUGUCACAUGUCAGCAGUGCUCACCUGCUGCGCACUUUUGCAGCACACUGGAAGGCAACAAUACUUCAAUAAAUAACCCCCCUGCUGGCUGCAGAACGCGGUGUUGAUAUUUGUCCAAAUGCACAAAUGACCGUAUAUAUUUAGAGAAAAUCCUUUCACGGUUUUCCUUUAACAGCUGGAAUCUUUAGGCUUUCCAAACGUAUUUUUAGUCUUUAGAAAUUUGAUAGACAUUGUAGCAUCCCCUGUGGAGAGGAUAUACGUGUGAUCCUGCAACUGAACAGGUUGUACUUUGUAAAUAGCAUCAUUAUUGUUUUUAUUGUCAAUAAUGUGCAGUGUGUAGAUUUUGUUUGGAGGGAGAUGGUUUACUAUUUCGGUGACUAUCAUGGUGAUAAAUGUGCUCUCAUUGACGCGAGGGAAACAAAUUUAUGUUCAACUUUAUCAUUUACCUUUUCCUCCCCCCCUUAAAACUAAAAUGAAUGUACUUUCAUGUUAGCCUUUGACAACACAGGGUCUGGAAAGAGGUUUGAGACUGUGUUCUUUCAUUUUUAGCCUUAAAUUACACAAAGAGGUCUUGAGUUUUCUUUUCAACAGAUCAGUUGGAAGAACUACUGAGCAUUUAAAGUCGACAUGAAACUCAUAACGCGAUGGGCAGAUUCCACAUUGUGAUGAAAAUGACCAAGUGCAGAAGCCAGAAGCGAUUUCUUUCUUUUCUUUUUUAUCUUGUCUGCUCAUUUCACCUUUUUGGCUGAAUUGUCCCUGCAGCCGACAGCCUACAGGUUUAUUUGUGAUGAUGAUGAUCCUAAUUUCCUUGUGGGUGCUUUUUCAGGACCUCGCAGAGAACAAUUAUUACCAAAACCCCAGGAAUCCUUUCAUCUUCGUGCAGCACGCACUUCCAAAAACGUCCAGUCAAUGUAGCCACCAGCCAUCAAAAACGAUUAGAACAUUUCACUGAAACCCGUUCAGGGGGUGUGGUGGCCUUUUACCAAACUCCCAGCGCCACCACGCGGUAGCGUUUCACACCGCUGCGUCUUUGAAAGCAGUGCAUGCAAGUAGCUUCUGUGGGUCUGCGGCGCUUUAGGGAGUCGAGGGCUCUGCUGUAGUCUGUAGCCUCGUGUUUCUGUGUUGUGAGGACACCUCAGGGUGCGUAGAGGUAGGAAAGCCCUUCUCCUUUGUCGUUAAAAUAGCCGUUAAAAAAACAAACACUGGAUAACCUGAGACAACAGACCGUUCCCAUAUGAAGUGAGAUUUAGCUCCCAAUGUUCCCGUUUUGUUACUAUUGGCUCUUUCUCGUUCUGGAUGCUUCAUUUCUGUCAUCGGUGUGUUUUGGGAAGUGACGGUUUCUUUUCAGUACAUUAUAUUGACUUUUGUUUUGUCUUUUUGAUCUGUUGGAAACCAUUUUUAUGUUACAUUUAAAUAUUUGUUUUUUUUAAAUGUUUUAUAACUUCGUAUCGGCAGUCGUUUCCCUUAUUUCAGUGCAAGCGUCUGAAAUGUAUUUAUAAUGACAAAUACAUUCUUUUUUGUAAUUACAUUUUUUUAAUGUUUGGUUCACUUUGACGCAUUGACGGCUGAUUCAGUAAGAAUUUCCUACAUGCAGCGUAGAUCAAAGCAGAAUAUGACUUGUGGUAUCAAUGUUAUUUUAAGAAUAAAACACUCUUCUAUUG